AUGACACCAAAGAAGACCUCUUCUAUUAUUUCUGGAAGGAAUAUUAAUACUUCCUCUAGCUCUUCUGAUAGAAAUACUUCUGUCCCUAGCUCUUCUGAUAUAAAUACUCCUGUCUCUGAAAGGAGUAAUCAAACAAAUAUCCAAACAUCCCAAUCGUCCUCUCCUCAAUAUUUAUUUUAUUAUGAUUCUGCUAAUAUAGCAACCAUUACAAAAGAUGACAGCUAUGUCUCUUUUCUUUUUCUUGGUGAAGAAUUCUCUCCGGUCACAUCACUUCAAGACCAACUUGUCAACGAGAUGAUUUCUAAACUCAAAAAGACGAACAAUUAA